GAUAUUUGCUAGUAAUGGUAGAUAGAUUCUCUAGAUGGGUAGAAGCAAUUCCAACAGCUAAGGAGGAUGGGAAAACGGUCAUUAAGUGGCUACAGACAGAACUCAUACCUAGAUAUGGGGUCCCUAGACAUAUCCGAAGCGACAAUGGGUCCCACUUCGCAAACAAACACCUGAGACAGGUGGAGGAGAGGUUCGGCAUUAUACACAAGUUUGGUUCCGUGUAUAAGCCGCAGGCCCAAGGCCUUGUGGAGCGCUGCAACCAAUCUCUUAAGUGUAAGAUAGCCAAAGUGUGUGCUGGUACAAAACUGACAUGGGUGGAGGCCCUGCCACUGGCAUUGAUGGCCAUGAGGUCAUCACCUGGGGCAGGGACUCAUCUCUCACCCCACGAAAUAAUGACAGGAAGAGUAAUGCCAGGUCCACCAAGAGAGGGAGGUCAUAUGCCCCCUCUUGAUGUACACCAGAUAGGUAUGACUGACUAUGUAAGAAAAUUGACGGAACUGUCCGCAGCUCUUUCCAAACAGAUACACAAAGUCCAUGAGGGGGAGCUGACGGGAGAUCCGGAGCAACUGAGGGUAAAGGUCGGCGGUUGGGUAAGGAUCAAGGUCCACAAAAGAAAGUGGGCGGAUCCCAGGUGGACUGGACCGUACGAAGUGAAGGAGGUUACUUCACACUCAGUCCAGGUCAAAGGUAAAUCGGGCGCACCUUGGCACCACUUGACUCAUUGUACACCAGCACCGACUCCUUCUAGAACUCUGACUGAAGUCAGGGUCGAUUUGAGCGACCUAAAUUUGAUUACAACCACAGAACCCUUAGUUGGUGAGGAUGUGGGAGCAGCUCCCCAGCACACCAACUAACAGGUCGUCCAGAGAUAGGGGCUAUCCCUGGACGAGAUUGGGGAUAUCGGGCCCUGUGUUUGUUAUUUUUAUUGUAGUCACAGGAGUUUCCAUGGGGAUUCUCCUGUGGGUAUUAGAGCAUCAUACACCUACAUCACAAGCAGAUAUAGGACCCUCUAAUGGGUCAUCCAACCUGACCACAUCCAUGGCACAUAUAGAACUGACCAAUCAUUUGUGCAAGAGGCAUUCCACCACCCCUGACACUGAUUGUAAGGCCAACGACAUACGGAGCACGACCGUUUGCGUCCCCGCAAACGCAACUAAUAUCAUUAACAUCCCUUGGGGGACUUUAGGGUACUCUAGGCUAAAGGGGAGGGAACAGGCGGGGACCAGUGCACUCUGGUUUGCCGGACACGUCUGGUAUAUGACAUUAGGGAAGGUUGGCGAUUGGUCUUGGAGGAAUUUGGUGGGGGAGACAGGUAAUGGGUGGGAAGACUGGACAACAGACGAGGGGGCAGUGAAAUGGCGGAAGCGACUGACUUUAACUAAGACAAAUACGGGACUGAAACUUACUGUUAGGCCAGGGGCCAGCCCUUAGGGUGUUAUGAUUUCAUACUGGCCCCAGGGAAUUCCGGGGUCAGAUAUUGGUUGUGGCGAAUUUGCGUGACUAAUAAUCCUAAACCGACUUCGGUUACAGUAAGGAAUGACAUGACCACACCCGUAAAAGGGUCCCCGUCAUCCCCACUGUUUGGCCCGGUGGAGGCAAUAUCCAGGUUUAAAAGUCCGGAUGAUGUAAUUUUAACAGCCACAGGAGUCUCAGGUUUUUCCAAUAAUUGGCUAUUGUUGACCGAGGAAGCUGCAAAUACCACCAGGCAGAGUUGUGUGGUGUGCAUGGGAGCUCGUCCAUUGCUCCGCAUUGUCCCAGCAGUAGUGACUCUAGCAUGUCUAAUUCCUCUUAUGACUACAGAUAACCCCAGGGAUAAUUGUACUGCCUGGGAUGAGGUCUAUCCGGUUACUAAAUUCACCACUAGGAACCCAGUGUUUUCCAACCAGGUUGCAAGGGCAAAUUUUACUUGUGUCAAUAUGACGGGAGGAGGAACCGAGGUGGGAUGGAUCCCUGCGGAUUGGUGUCUGGAUACAGUUAAUAUUAAAGGGAGCCUCAGGCCAAUAUCCAGAGCAGAUGUGUGGUGGUGGUGUGGUAGCACGGUCCUGUUUGAUAAGUUACCCUCCAACAGUACUGGACGCUGUGCACUUGUUACUCUCUUGUUGCCUGUUUCUAUCUACCCUAUAGGAGCCGAGGACCUUGUUCUGCGGAUCCAGGGAGUGAAUCCCGGAUAUAGGGGACGUUCCAGGAGAGACACCACCCCAUCUAGUGGAGACCCCUCCUACAUAGACGCUAUCGGAGUCCCUAGGGGAGUGCCUGAUGAGUAUAAGUUAAUAGAUCAGGUAGCUGCAGGGUUUGAAUCAUCCAUCUGUUGGUGGUGCACAAUUAACAAGAAUGUUGAUCGUAUUAACUAUAUACAUUACAACGUCCAAAGACUAGGCAACUGGACUCAGCAGGGUUUUGAAGCAGUACAUGGUCAACUGGCUGCAACCAGCCUGAUGGCUUUCCAAAAUCGUAUUGCCAUUGAUAUGUUACUCUCUGAGAAGGGCGGAGUUUGCUCUAUGUUUGGUGACCAGUGUUGUACUUUCAUCCCUAAUAACACAGCCUCGGAUGGUAGUUUGACGGUCGCUCUGGAAGGUCUGCGGACGCUUAAUAGUAAAAUGAAAUCUCAUUCUGGGAUAGAUACCUCGAUGUGGGACUCCUGGAUGAGUGCGUUUGGUAAAUAUAAAACCCUGGUGUCCUCCAUUUUGGUAUCCAUUUCGGUGUUCGCUGCCAUUUUAGUUCUCUGUGGAUGCUGUUGCAUUCCAUGCAUCCGUUCCCUUACCACUAGGGUUAUCUCUAGAGCUAUUGACCCUUCCUCCCCUUCCCAGAUGUUUCCUCUGCUGGAUAAAGACCUACUUGAAUUCGAGGAUGAGGAGGAGAGUGCCUAUUAGGUUUACAUUAUAUCUGCUGUUGCCUUAUGGGGAUGUAUGUAUGUGUUAUGCAAGUGGAUCAUUCCGCCUGACUUGCCUAGUUUAAGUCACAUCUCUUUGGAGAUGUGAAGAGAGGGAAUCACAACUUUUUCCUGCGGGAAAAAGUUGGCUUAUGUAGACAAGCAUUUUACUUUUAUUUUGAGCUGUUGUUCUCCGCUC